AUGUCUUCGUUCUUGUGGCUCUUCUUCUUCGCAAUAAGCUUGCUGCAGAACCCUGCCCUUUGCGUUCCCCAAGGGGCACUCAUUACAGGCACCGAAGCAAGCGAGUUCUUACCAUCAGCUGCCCCGGAUUUGGCCGGGCCAGGAAAUGCCGCCGCCUCAUCAGGCUGUGGUGACUGCUAUUUGGUCGCGGACGUUGCUGGAGUCGUGUGGUAUCAGGAAGUGUUUAUAAACACGGCCGCAACCGCCGUAGUGUCAGUGGGCGUUGGCAAUGGCACGAGCGCGACAAGAACAUCAGUUCACCAAAAUGAGGGUCAAUUCACCGUCGGCAACCCAACGGCCACGGACGGCUCGGUUGCUUUAACGCAGAUAAAUUUCCAACCGACUGCCAAUGUUGGCGGAGCUGAGUUGACAUCACCCACCGCUUAUAAUGUCUUUACCGCAUACUCCAUCACGUCCGCGUUUUUGUCGAAUGGAGUAUGCGUCACAACUUCUGGGUCCGCUAUUCCAGUUUCCCCAGCUUAUUCGGAAAUCUUAUCCUCUGCAAACGGCCGAGUUACCCUCGAUGCGAACGGACAGCAAUCAUUCAUCGAUUACUUGGGUUUCAGCACUUGCUCGGCUGGAGGGGAAAACGUCGUUGCGACAGCAUUGGUCCAAGUCUUGAAUACGACGACUACUACUACAAGCACGUUCUCGAAUGUACCGCUAGCUGCUGUGAUGGCUAGUCUAACUAUAGCUCCUCAAUCCGUCCCCGCUGCAGCUCCAGGGGCCACUACCACUGCCGCAUCGACCACGAUCUUUCCCUCUGUUGGUGUACCCGAAAUUGUCAUAGGCAACCAGACCAUUACGCCCACCCCGAACCCUGUCGGCUUGUCGAUCUUCAACGGUACAUUCACCGGUCACCCCAUCACGGCGUCGGGCAGUGGUGUCGCCUAUGCCACAGGAGUAAAUUUCACCACGACCCCGGAAAUUUUCACAGGAACGGCAACGUUGAAUAGAGCCGAUGCUUGGUUGGCGGUAUGGCUCACUGGUUUCCUGGGGCUGGGAGCGUUUGUGUACUAUUUGUAG